GGAAGCGAAGGGCAUCCGCCCCCAACUCCGUAUCUAGGUUUUCAUCAGGCAGUCCGUUGGAUGCCCGGCCGGGCCUAGGCUGCGGGAAGAAAAGUCUUCUGCUCGGGCCCAGCGGCUGGACGCGCUUUCCACUGCGGCUCUCUUUUCAAGAUGGUGGCCUCCCGGGCGAUUGGCAGCCUCCGCCGCUUCACUGCCUCCAGGACCCUGCGCUCCCCAGGUUAUAUUUGCCGCAGCUUUACUAGGUCAUCUGCUUUGCUGGCCAGAACCCACAUUAACUAUGGAGUCAAAGGGGAUGUGGCAGUUGUUCGAAUUAACUCACCCAAUUCAAAGGUAAAUACACUGAAUAGGGAACUACAGACAGAGUUUAAUGAAGUGAUGAAUGAAAUCUGGGCUAGCGACCAAAUCAGAAGUGCCGUCCUUAUUUCAUCCAAGCCUGGCUGCUUCAUUGCGGGUGCUGAUGUCAACAUGUUAGCCGCUUGUAAGACCGCUCAGGAAGUAUCGCAGUUAUCACAGGAAGGACAGAGAAUGUUUGAGAAGCUUGAGAAGUCCUCAAAGCCGAUUGUAGCUGCCAUCAGUGGAUCCUGCUUGGGAGGAGGACUUGAGCUUGCCAUUUCAUGCCAAUACCGAAUAGCAACAAAAGACAGAAAAACAGUAUUAGGCGCCCCUGAAGUCCUGCUGGGGAUAUUACCGGGAGCAGGAGGCACACAAAGGCUCCCCAAAAUGGUGGGCAUGCCUGCUGCGUUUGACAUGAUGCUGACUGGCAGAAACAUUCGGGCAGACAGAGCAAAGAAAAUGGGACUAGUUGACCAAUUGGUGGAGCCCUUGGGACCAGGAAUAAAACCGCCAGAGGAGCGGACAGUUGAGUACCUGGAGGAAGUGGCCGUUGACUUUGCCAAAGGCCUAGCUGACAAGAAGAUUUCUCCAAAGAGAGACAAGGGGUUGAUGGAAAAAUUGAUGUCGUACGCCAUGACUAUUCCAUAUGUCAGGCAGCAGAUUUACAAAAAGGUAGAAGAAAAAGUACAAAAACAGACCAAAGGCCUUUAUCCUGCACCUCUGAAAAUCAUCGAUGUAGUAAAGACUGGUAUCGAGAAAGGAAGUGAUGCUGGCUACCUCUGUGAAUCCCAGAAAUUUGGAGAGCUUGCAAUGACCAAAGAAUCCAAGGCCUUGAUGGGACUGUACCACGGUCAGGUCCUGUGCAAGAAGAAUAAAUUCGGGACCCCGCAGAAGGAUGUGAAGCACCUAGCUGUUCUUGGUGCAGGGCUGAUGGGAGCCGGCAUUGCCCAAGUCUCUGUGGAUAAGGGGCUAAAGACGAUACUGAAAGAUGCUACGGUCACCGGGCUGGGCCGAGGACAGCAGCAAGUGUUCAAAGGAUUGAACGACAGAGUGAAGAAGAAGGCUCUGACGUCGUUUGAAAGGGACUUCAUUUUCAGCAACUUGACUGGGCAGCUUGAUUACCAGGGCUUUGAGAAGGCCGACAUGGUGAUUGAAGCUGUGUUUGAGGACCUUAGCCUAAAGCACAGGGUGCUCAAGGAAGUGGAGACGGUGAUUCCAGAUCACUGCGUCUUCGCCAGUAACACCUCUGCUCUCCCAAUCAAUGAGAUUGCAGCUGUCAGCAAAAGGCCUGACAAGGUGAUUGGCAUGCACUACUUCUCGCCCGUGGACAAGAUGCAGCUGCUGGAGAUCAUCACAACCGACAAAACUUCUAAGGACACCACUGCGUCUGCUGUCGCCGUCGGCCUCAAGCAGGGCAAGGUCAUCAUCGUGGUGAAGGAUGGACCUGGCUUCUACACCACCAGGUGCCUCGCACCCAUGAUGUCGGAAGUCCUCCGAAUUCUCCAGGAAGGAGUCAAGCCCAAGCAGCUGGACUCCCUGACCACCAGCUUUGGCUUCCCUGUGGGCGCGGCCACACUGGUGGAUGAAGUUGGUGUGGAUGUCGCUCAACAUGUAGCAGAAGAUCUAGGCAAAGCCUUUGGGGAGCGCUUCGCAGGGGGCAACCUGGAGCUGCUGAAGCAGAUGGUGUCCAAGGGCUUCCUUGGUGAGUAGCCUCCAGGAACCAGU